AUGAAUAUAGUUAGACUUUUGUUACACGUUAUCGCUGUAACAUUUGUAAUUUGGAAGUCCCAUAGUUGCUAUGACAUGAAAGAUCCCAUUAAAUAUUCAGUCAAUAAAAAGAAUAUAUUGGAACGUACAAUAGAGAGAAAAUUUUCAAGAAUUUUAAGUUCAGUAGAGAAUAUCUCAAAUUUGAAUGAUGAAGACUGUGAAGUACCAUAUAUAAGAUAUAUAGACGAUUCAGACUCGGAGGAGGAUGAACCACUAUCGGAUGAGGAAGAUAAAAAGAUUAUUGAUUAUCAAUUUUCUGAAAAAGUGGAUAAAAAAUAUGGCUUACUCUUUGUAGAUAUGCGCAACAAAUAUAUUGAAUUUACGGAACUAAUGGACACUAAGUGGAGAAAUAAAAUGUGGAAUGAAAAAUGGUUUAAAUACUUAAAAACCUUGUAUUAUGAUUUACAUAAAUACAUUGUCCGUUCUAAUCUUCCUAUAAGCUCUCGGGAUUGUAUUUUCUUAAGAUUACUUCGUCUUAUUCAGGAUGAUUUUAAAAUGUUUUUAAAUUGGGUAGAUGCUGAAUGGAAUAAGAAGUUGAAUCAAAGUAAGAUAUAA